AUGGCAAGUGAAAUGGAAGAUAUACAAUCAUACAACUCAAGUAGUAGUUCUAUAGCGGACUUAGAGGAUCAUCAACAACCUCAACAAUAUAUGCCUUCAGAAUCAAAUGAACUGAAUUCAAAUCCAUUAAAAUUAUCUAGAACAGAGACUGUCAAGUCUCUUCAAGAUAUGGGUAUGACUUCAGAAGCUCCAAUUCCUGGUGUCAAUGCUCCACAGACUUCAAGGGUUCAAAUUUUCCCAGAAGAAUAUACCAUGGAAACACCAACAGGUUUAGUUCCAGUUGCUACUUUACAAUCUUUAGGUAGAUCAUCAUUAGCUGUCACUCGUACAAGAACUAGACAAAUGGACCGUCAAUCACAAACCAAUGCUUCCAUUUCAGGUUCUAAUUCUGAAAGUGAUGAAUAUCAAAAAGAAACAGAAAAAUCAGGCUCUUCAGGUGAAGAAAACGACCUAGAUCCAGAUAUCGAAUUCGUUACUUUUGUCACUAACGAUCCUGAUAAUCCACAUAACUGGCCAUUAUGGUUACGUUGGGUAUACACAGUAAUUUUAUCCAUUUUGGUUAUCUGUGUCGCUUAUGGUUCUGCAUGUAUCACUGGUGGUUUAGGUCUUGUCUCUGAAAAGUUCCAUGUUGGUAGUGAAGUUGCUAUCUUAUCCGUUUCUUUAAUGGUUUUGGGUUUCUCUUUUGGUCCAUUACUUUGGUCACCUGUCAGUGAUUUGUUCGGCAGAAGAGUAGCCUACUUUGUAUCGAUGGGUUUAUACGUCAUCUUUAACAUUCCUUGUGCUGUUUCCAAGAACGUCCAAACUUUAAUGAUCUGUAGAUUCUUCUGCGGUGUUUGGUCUUCAUCUGGUUUAUGUUUAGUCGGUGGUUCAAUUGCUGAUAUGUUCCCAAGUGAAACUAGAGGUAGAGCUAUUGCUUUCUUUGCUUAUGCCCCAUACUGUGGUCCUGUUUUUGGUCCAUUAGUCAAUGGUUUCAUUUCUGUCUCUACUGGUCGUAUGGAUUUGAUUUUCUGGGUUAACAUGGCUUUUGCCGGUGUUAUGUGGCUUGUCGUUGCUUUGAUUCCAGAAACCUUUGCUCCAGUCAUCUUAAAGAGAAGAGCUGCUAAAUUGAGAAAAGAAACCGGUAAUCCAAAGAUCAUGACUGAACAAGAAGCUCAAGGUAUCUCUGUCAAGGAAUUGAUGAAGUCUUGUUGUGUUAGACCAUUAUACUUUGCUGUUACUGAACCAGUCUUAGUUUUAGUUUGUUUCUACGUUUGUUUGAUUUACGCUUUAUUGUAUGCUUUCUUCUUUGCUUUCCCAGUCAUUUUCGGUGAAUUGUACGGUUACAGAGAUAACUUGGUCGGUUUAAUGUUUAUUCCAAUUUUAAUUGGUGCAUCCAUGGCUUUAGCUACAACAUUCUACUGUGAAAACAAAUAUUUGGCUAUCACUAAGAGACGUAAACCAACUCCAGAAGAUCGUUUGUUAGGUGCUAUGAUCGGUGCUCCAUUUGCUGCCAUUGCUUUAUGGAUGUUAGGUGCUACAGCCGAAAGACAUGUUAUUUGGGUUGGUCCAGCUUCUUCUGGUCUUGCCUUCGGUUUCGGUAUGGUUUUGAUUUAUUAUUCAUUGAAUAACUACAUUAUCGAUUGUUAUGCUCAAUUUGCUUCAAGUGCCUUGGCUACCAAGGUUUUCUUAAGAUCUGCUGGUGGUGCUGCAUUCCCAUUAUUCACUAACCAAAUGUACCAUAACUUAGGGUUACACUGGGCCUCUUGGUUACUAGCAUUCAUUUCCACUGCUAUGGUUGCUAUUCCAUUUGCUUUCUACUACUAUGGUAAGACAUUGAGAGGUAAGUUAUCUAAGAAAGAUUACUCAUUGGAUGCAUUAGAAGAAUAG